CGCUGUUGCAUUUAGAAAUAAAAACCACAUCCCGUCCCGUCCGUGAUGACAAAACGUGACAGUCUGCUUUUCAGUUUAAUUUAAAACUUCAUUUUGUGGUGUUUUACUAGUCUCAGAAAUUAGUGAAAACCACUGGUCUUGGUAGUUUUGUGUGAACAUGGUUAGUCUUAAUGGGGAUGGAAGAGAAGGACACAGACAAAGAGGGGGUAUUUUCUUUAGUGAGCCCAGCGUCUUACAAUCGCCAGAAGAUGAAGAUCUUUUGAUAACACACCAUCUUCAGACUGAGGAGGAGUGCCACUUUAAGAAGUGCAACACAUUGUGGGUUGCCGUAUGUCAGAUUAUAUUGAUAGUCUUAUUUCUGGCCGGCUCAAUCGUCCUACCCUACGUAAUUGAGCCUCACAUUCAUCCCAACGAGACCAAAGCACAACAGCUUGACGACGCCUUUACCUACGUCGCCUUUGCUCAGCCUGCUAUGUGGUUACUACUCUUAAUUAUCGACCGCUAUCUUCAGUAUAAACACAUUGUGCUCAGACGCUAUGGGUAUCUGGACUUCACACAGAAUACUCGAUACAUCAGAAGAACGACAGAAUUCAUGUUUUCUUUAGGUAAUGCUGCUAUGCUUGUAGCAGUGAUGCUGUGCUAUAUGUUCAUACCACCUUCCAACUCGUUCAACCUAAAGGCAGGAACAGUGUAUGGAGUUUACUUCCAACAGAUCAUCAUUGGUAUUGAGUCUAUCGUUGCACUUUUCUGCUGCCUAAGAUAUGCAGUUUUUGUUUACAAGUUUAACAGCGCCAAACUAGCGCCAGACGUUGAGCAUGAAGAGCAGAUGAUUGCUGUGAUGCAGCCGAGUACUCACCUACCGGACGUCGGUUACAGGGACAGCCAAUACGUCGACUCUCUGCUAGAGAGACAAGCAGAUAUGAUCCGUUACUUGAAGCAUCACACCGAACACCUCAGCAAACGGAUUCUGAAAUUAAGAUCUGCUCAGACGACAGGUUGAUUGACAAGCAGUGAUGGAUCUAUAAGAUUUCAAGCUGGAACUUAAAGGAAGUGUAAGUCAACAAGACGAGAGAACGGUGAAGACAGAAAGCAGAGAAGACGGGGGAAGCAGAGAUCUUGGAUGUUAAGUGCUUGGGGUGUCUUGAGCAAAGUUCAUUAACCUCUUUAUUGACCAUUCAUUUCGGUAUAUCAUCACACAACAGAUAUGCAUUGUUUGUAGUGUUAAUAAUCAAAUUUGGUCAGUAAAAAUGUCAACAGAAAUAACAUGAAACAGAAACUGGGAUACUAUGUUAAAUUGAAAUUUGCGACAUUUGAAAAUUUCAUAUCUGAACAUGACCUUUACUUUGACCUCUUUAAGUGAACCAAGGUAGGUUGAACCUUGCGGCCCUUUACAACUGCUAUGGAAAUUUUGGUACAAACAGCUGGUUGUCAUCAAGGUCUUCUAAAGGGUUAAAGGCACUGGACACUAUUGGUAGUUGUCAAAGACCAGUAUUCUCACUUGGUGUAUCGCAACAUAUGCA